CCCAGUGUGUAGUGUUAAUCGAACCAAAUUACUUCAACAUGAGGACUAUGUGGAAGCUGCUUUUGCUCGUCCAGCUAGUGAUGGGGGAGCAAAACAGUUAUUUCUGUAUAAAAGGGUUCAAGAAAGUGCUGGAGAAUGAUCAGUGUGACUACUUCGCUUAUGGACCACAUUUUAUGAGUUCCUACUGUAAUUGGCAGGACCAGCUCGAAUACGGUAUAACUAAAACGUUUUGUUGUGGAGGUGUUUGCGCGUACUGUUUCCAGCAUCUACAUCCCAGUAGCAGUUCAGAAACAGCAGAAAUGGAGGAUGCAGAGGGAAUGCAGAAUUAUAGCGACGAAGGAAGCUACAGUCGUUCGCGUGGGAUAGAAGAAGCUGAGCUUGGACAAAUUCUGGUCAUUACACUUGAUCGCAUGAUGGAAAAGUUCUUCCAUAAACAAAAUUUUACCAAUUACCUAUCGAGCACAAUGGAUUUCGAAGAUACAGUAUAGCGAUAAUAUAAUCUUGAU